AUGCCUUCGCUCAAACAACUCCUCCUGUUGACUUCCUCCCUUCUCGUCUCAGUCCAUGCCCAAGGCGUUCUUCUCUCGGCCCAAGGGACAAAAGGCUCUCCCGCAUCUCUCCCCCUUCAAGUCGUACUUAACGCCAACGACGCCAACAUAAUCAACCCCACCGAAAUUAGCACCAAUGUCGUCAACGAAUGUGGACGCACUCUUCUCAACGGCAACAUCGAUAUUGGUGAAAACACUGAGACCCAAUUAGCCAAUAAAACUGUAACAUCGGUUACGAAAGGAAGUACAGUUAAUGUGGUCAUGCAGCAAGGAGGUACGAAUGGAGCAGGGCCGUAUACAUGUGAUAUGGAUCAGACGAGUAAUGCACUAGGCUCCGGUCAGACGAAGUUGACCGUUAAGGAGACGGACGGAAAGGACGGGAGUAUCAAAUUGGCGGUUACUAUGCCCAGUAAUAUGAGUUGUAUUGGUGCCUCAACAGGAAAUAUCUGUACAAUCCGCUGUUUCAACGCAGCAACAGCUGGUCCAUUCGGUGGUUGCUUUGCAGUAAUGCAGACAGAUGAGACAGCUAGCAAGAACACACCCGGUACGAUUGCCACAGCGCAGACAUUAGAAGGUGUUGAAGCCCAGGUCUUACAAAACAACAAAGAUCUUCCCGCCGCCAUGAAAGCCAAUUCCGAAGCAACACUUAACGAACAGGGAAUCUUUGCCGUCGAAGCACUGCUCAGCUCUUCUUUAACGGCUAUUGCUACGAGUACUAUUGCAUCGGCAGCAACUGCGGCGACAACCACUGCGGCUGCUAAGAAGAAUGGAGGGAAUGGGAAUGGAAAUGGGAAUAAGGAUGGAGGGGGAAAUGGGAAGAAUGCGAAUAGUGCGAGGAGUGAGAGGGUAUUUGUUGCGUGAUGAGUGAUGGGCGAGGAAAUUCGUGAUGGUGAGGUUGAUAAAAGGGAGAUGGAGAUGUAAAUUAUACCCACUUUUUAAUCUAUAGUUUCUGGAACAGAUAGUAACUUAUUUAUAGUUCUGAAUCAAGAGAGGUGCAUCAACACAUUUUCGUCUGGUUUUCUUGUGAAGAUAUUUAAAUUUGUAUCAUAUCUCAUUUUUGCAUGAUAUAUUCAAUAUUUAGGUACCUAGGUAUGUAUUAGCAAGCGAGUACGAUCAGAUCAAUGUCUGCUAUAUAAUCAGAAUAAAUGGCAGAAGAAAAGCAUUUCCAUUCAAACAAUAUAUCUCGCGGACGAAAAUCAGCUAAUCACCUAUCUAUCAUCGCCCGCUCAAUCUCCUAGCUACUUCGGGCUCUGUUAUUUUCGAGUAUCAGAAAAUAGUGUGUUAGAAAUUGGGAUACGUAACUCUUUUUUACUCCAUAGGUCUUGAAGUUUAGUGGUUGUAGGUUAUGGAUGGAUAGCUGUCUGUAUAUCUGUAUCUUGGAGCUGUGAAGAUGUGAAGAUGUGAAGAUG